GGAGGGAUCCGGAAACCAUACGCACCCAGACCCAGUCCUGGUGUGGGCCCCCAGUGGGAGACGGCUGCUCUCCGGGCUCCUGGGCCUCAACGUUGUCCUCCUUGGAGCAGCUCUGAUAGCUGGCAAGGCCUUCAACCCUCAGGGCCUCAGGCACCAGGAGCCCCAGAUCUUCAUGUUGCUGCUGAUGUGCCUCAGCCUGGCCUGGAUGCUGUGGUACCUACUCUGGGCCAGGAGGAAACCUGGGAUAUGCCCACAUAAAGACCACCACGCUGGGGGAAUCACAGUCACAGGAACCUGCAAGAAAGUAUUUCAUUGGACGGCGUAUACCAACUUGGUCCUGAUGCUGUUUGCCGCCUUCAGUCUCCUGAUGCAUCUCUUCAAGAUGGGUUACUAUGUCAUGAUGAAGGAGUGUAAACCGGUUGCUAAAGUCCUUGCCCCCUUCAUCGAGGCUCCCUUUCUUGGCCUACAGACCUAUUUGCUCUGGGCUCACUCCAAAGACUGUAUUCACAAGCACAAGAUCAUUACCAGGUCUGGGCUGAUGGUUACUCUGAGCGCAGAUCUGUUGCUGUGGCUGAACGCGGUGACAGAAGACACAGUUCAUCUGGAGAUAGAGAUGGAGAAGGAGGAUGGCCGUGCCGCGUAUGGCAGUGCAGAUAGCUCUGACUCAGCAGGGCUGAGAAAUGCAACGUUAUGCCAGUGCAGUGCAGACACAGUGUGCCUGUUCUUCAGGAAGGGUUAUGAAGUCCUGUAUCCCUUCAACAUGGAGUACUACCUGAUGGCAGGCUGCAUGCUUUAUGUGAUGUGGAAGAACGUGGGCAGGCGUAUGAGCCCUGGGUCAAUACCCCACCAUGCCCAGAGGAUUACCCUACGCAUCGUCCACGAAGGUGGGAUCCUAUUCGGGCCGUUGUUCGGGGGUCUGGUCCUUAUAGCUGGGGUGGUUGUGUUCAUCCUGUAUCAAGUUUGGGUGAACCGAGGCCAGCACCGGCACACUGCCUUUCUGAUAUUCUACUGCUACCAUCUAGCUGUGAUGCCCAUCAUGUCCCUCUGCUCCCUGGCUGGCCUGUUGGUCCAUAAGCUGGAGAGGAGGGCGGAUGAGAGGGGUCAUAACCCCACACGUAGCCUGGAUGUGGCACUCCUAGUUGGGGCAGCCCUGGGACAGCUUGCCCUGUCCUAUUUCUCUCUGGUGGCCGCUCUGGCUGUGGGGCCUAGCGGACCACUGGGAAGCCUGGAUCUUUCCUACUCCCUCCUCAGCCUGUUGGAGCUCCUGCUUCAGAAUGUCUUCAUCAUUGAUGGCCUCCACCGAAACCCCAACCUGGCCCUCACCAAGGGUAAAGGAAAGGAGCGGAUCAACAUAUUCAUGAAGAGGAAGACCAUGGAGAAUACAAAUGACAGGAAUAAAGUAGGAGUAGCGAUGUCUCUAUUGAAGAGGGGAAAGGCAGUGACAGCACCACCUGUUUGCCAAGUCAAGGAAGGACAACAGACGUGGUACAAAAAAGUCACACAGGAGAUCUGUGCCUUCCUCAUACUCUCCAAUAUCAUGCUCUGGAUGAUCCCAGCGUUUGGAGCCCACCCCCAGUUUGAGAACGGCCUGGGGAAGCAGUUCUUUGGCUUCUCUGCCUGGUUUGUCCUGGUCAACCUGGUUCAGCCUCUGGGAGUCUUCUACAGGAUGCACUCUGUGGGGGCCCUGAUGGAGCUCCUCAUCACUGGCUGAGCUCCUAUCCUCUCCUCCCCUGUUCUCUCCUCUGUCUGGUUUAUCCUGGUUAACCUGGUUCAGCCUCUGGGAGUCUUCUACAGGGGGGCCCUGUGGGGGCCCUGAUGGAGCCCCUCAUCACUGCCUGAGCUCCUAUCCUCUCCUCCCCUGUUCUCUUCUCUGCCUGGUUUAUUCUGGUUAACCUGGUUCAGCCUCUGGGAGUCUUCUACAGGAUGCACUCUGUGGGAGCCCUGAUGGAGCUCCUCAUCACUGGCUGAGCUCCUAUCCUCUCCUCCCCCGUUCUCUCCUCUGUCUGGUUUAUCCUGGUUAACCUGGUUCAGCCUCUGGGCAUCUUCUACAGGGGGGCCCUGAUGGAGCCCCUCAUCACUGGCUGAGCUCCUAUCCUCUCCUCCCCUGUUCUCUCCUCUGUCUGGUUUAUCCUGGUUAACCUGUUUCAGCCUCUGGGCGUCUUCUACAGGGGGGCCCUGAUGGAGCCCCUCAUCACUGGCUGAGCUUCUAUCCUCUCCUCCCCUGUUCUCUUCUCUGCCUGGUUUAUCCUGGUCAACCUGGUUCAGCCUCUGGGAGUCUUCUACAGGGGGGCCCUGUGGGGGCCCUGAUGGAGCCCCUCAUCACUGGCUGAGCUCCUAUCCUCUCCUCCCCUGUUCUCUCCUCUGUCUGGUUUAUCCUGGUUAACCUGGUUCGGCCUCUGGGAGUCUUCUACAGGGGGGCCCUGUGGGGGCCCUCAUCACUGGCUGAGGGAUAGGAACCACAACACUGACGAACUGCUCCCCUGUGGGACAAAAGGCCACAAUGAGCUCCCUCCACCUUUUCAUAUCCUUGGGUGAAAUAUUGUGCCGACCAGCUAAAUAUCACAUUUCUGUAAAGAUGAGACGCGUAAACAUUUCUCUGUUGACAUUAAAAACAUGUGUACUUUGAUUCAUAAUACAUUAUUUAUUACAUGUGAUAUGUUUCCAGUACUUUGAAAAUAUUGACAUUAUGAAAUCAGACACAGAAUACAAUAGCAUUUGCCUGCAGUUCAAAAGCCAAUACAUACAUUCCAGAGAUAUCACUUCUUGUCUCAGUCAGUCGGUUCACAGAGGUCCCGGUCAGUCUCCAGGUCUCGCUCUAGUCUGUCUCAGUCAGUCAGUUCACAGAGGUCCCGGUCAGUCCCCAGGUCUCAGUCAGUCAGUUCAGAGGUCCCGGUCAGUCCCCAGGUCUCGCUCUAGUCUGUCUCAGUCAGUCAGCUCACAGGGGUCCCGGUCAGUCCCCAGGUCUCGCUCUAGUCUGUCUCAGUCAGUCAGUUCACAGAGGUCCCGGUCAGUCCCCAGGUCUCAGUCAGUCAGUUCAGAGGUCCCGGUCAGUCCCCAGGUCUCGCUCUAGUCUGUCUCAGUCAGUCAGCUCACAGGGGUCCCGGUCAGUCCCCAGGUCUCGCUCUAGUCUGUCUCAGUCAGUCAGUUCACGGAGGUCUCGGUCAGUCCCCAGGUCUCAGUCAGUCAGUUCACGGAGGUCCCGGUCAGUCCCCAGGUCACAGAGGUCCCAGUCAGUCCCCAGGUCACAGAGGUCCCAGUCAGUCCCCAGGUCACAGAGGUCCCAGUCAGUCCCCAGGUCACAGAGGUCCCAGUCAGUCCCCAGGUCACAGAGGUCCCAGUCAGUCCCCAGGUCACAGAGGUCCCAGUCAGUCCCCAGGUCACAGAGGUCCCAGUCAGUCCCCAGGUCACAGAGGUCCCAGUCAGUCCCCAGGUCACAGAGGUCCCAGUCAGUCCCCAUGUCUCUCUCUAGCCUGUCUCAGUCAGUCUCUAUUUCACACUCUUCCAAAAUGAAAAAGAGCUUCACUGUGAUAAAAGGGAUACCAACAAAUUUAACUUUCCAUAAAAGCAUUUCAAGAAUAUAAACUGAAAAUAAUAAGUACAAUAAAUCUUCAUCUAAAACAUUGUUUCAAUCUUAGUAACAUACACUAUUGUAUAAAAGUUUGGGGUCACUUAGAAAUGUCCUUGUUUUUGAAAGAAAAUCACUUUUUUUGUCCAUUAAAAUAACAUCAGAUUGAUCAGAAAUACAGUGUAGACAUGGUUAAUGUUGUAAAUUACUAUUGUAGCUGGAAACGACUGACUUAAUGAAAUAUCUACAUAGGCCAAUUAUCAGCAACCAACACUCCUGUGUUGCAAUAGCCCGU